UCCAUUGACCUUGCACCCCUGCUUUCAGUGACGUAAUUCAAUAUGGCUGUCCAGUGGUAAUUUUGUCAUCUUCAGGUGUUUACUUUUCAUUCUGACCAUCGUUUUGACAUCCUCUCCAUCAAGAUGGCAUCAGAAACCCCGCCAGUGGAAGCCAAGCCUCCAGUGCUUGGCCGUGACCCUGUCCUGAGGGAGUUUGCCCCACUGACCAGUGUAAUGGACCUGAUACCACACAAGGCACAGAGGGGUCUGAAGACUGAAGCCAUCCGGCUGACCUGUUUUGAUGCCACCAGAGAACUGCUUGGUUUUGGGUCCAAUAUUGGCCUUGUGUUCCUGUAUGAGAGGAAACACAAACAGAUGCAGAGGCUGAACUGUGAGUUGAAGAACGACCCCAUCAGCUCGGUGAGACUGCUGUCCUGCCUGGAUGACAUGGUGGCAGUAGGAACAGAGUCGGGGCUGGUGGUGGUCUUCCAGCUCGGUUCAAAUGUUCCUGGUCACAGCAAAAAGCACCAGAAGUUUACCAUAGAGGACCAGCAUGAGGCAGCUGUUGUGUGUACAGAAUGGAGCGCUAACGGUAUGAAGCUGUUCAGUGGGGACAAGGCAGGCAAGGUGGUCUUCACUGCUGUGGACUUUUAUGAGGGUGUGUGCAGACCCACAGUGUUGAUUACUGAACCUUCCCCAGUAGUACAGCUGCACUACCUCCACAAAACCCUGCUGGUGUCCACACACCAGAGAACACUACUGUGCUACACCGACCAGGACUGUAAAAUCCAGCAAGUUGGACAAAAGCCCAGGAAAAGUGUCGGCCCCUUUGGAGCAUGUUUUGUCCCCGGCAUGUGCAAUCCUAGAGAUGUAACACUGUACGGUGCUCGGCCUGGACUGCGCCUGUGGAGGGCCAACAUCUACGGCGUGGUGGCCUCCACCCACGUGUUUAAAGAACUCAUGAACGCCACCCACCCCAGAAUAAAGCUUCUGGAUAACAGUAGGACAGGGAAACCCCCUUCAGACCAGCAGUUUGGACUCCUGUACGUGAUCAAUGACCAGCAGCUGGUGUCCUGGCACAACGGUGGGCUGCUGGUGGUGGAUCCUGUGGAAAACCUGAUUGUUGGAAGCUGCUACUUCAGAAAACCAGUGUUGAACAUUGCCUGCACAGAGGAGGAGAUUUUUGUGCUGACGGAGGACAGGGAGGCCAUCAGGAUAGCCAUGAAGCCAGAGACUGCCAGACUAGAUUACUCCAAGUUGCCAACUAAGAGCAAACAGCCAUACAACACCAGAACAGGCCACGUUGACCGACCGCACACACCCACACAGCUCUUUAACACAGCUUCUAAGACGGUAGGUGUGUUCUUCCACUCUUCCUUGUUGACCAAGAAGAAGAGCACCAGUACUGAGAACCUGUCUGACAAUGCUGGCAGAGAGGAAAAGAAGCUAGUGAGAUCUGGUUCUCCCCUCACCCACCUCAUCAAGUCACCUAAGAGUCUGUUCAGGAGGAGAAGUGAAGGGCAGCAGCCUGGGCAGGACGUUGUUGAGGGGGAACAGGACAUUCCUGCCGUCCUCUCUCCUGCUAUCCAGGCACACAUCAGCAGUGAGCCCACCGACAGUCCACCUUCUGUCCUUGUACAUAGACCUAAAGCAGUCCUUGCAGAAAUAUCUGACCAGGUCACAGAAGACGACUCAGAAGGGAAGGACUCUAAGGGCCAUUCUGUACAGUUUGCCAGGGAGGCAGAGGUGCUGACUCCCGAUUCCAGAUGUCGGUCGUUACUGGAGUCGGCAGAGCAGCAUCUGGCCUCUGCAUCGGAGGCAGAUGAGUCCAACCUGGACGAUGACAAUGCAGGUGUUCAUGAUGACACAGAGUCCCUCACCAAGGAUGUGGAGGAGAUGGCCAGGAUCUCUGCCAGCCUGUCGGAGAAGAAUCGCCAGAUGAGGACGGACUUCUUGGAGAAGCUAGAGAAGAUCAACCAAGAAGGGUGUGAUGACAUUGUGUUUCAGCCAAAAACAAGAAAGAAGAAGAAGAAGACAAAGCAAGGCAAGGCUCAGAGAGACCUGGACACCCUGAGUGAGAGCCAGUCUGAGCAGGACCUGUCCACAGUGCAUCAGGACAAACCUGGCCUGUACAAGUCCACAUACAGCCAGGACAGCAACUCUCCUCCGGGCAGCCCUACAUCAACCAGGCCCCCUGGUGUACGACGUGAGGACACCCAGAGCUCUGUCUCAUCUGCCGCAGAGGCCACUGAGGCUUACUUUGCUUCCAAUGAGACCAGCAUGACAGAUCUGGACAAAGUACUGCAUAGCUCCUCCUACUCCAUACAGGAGACCAAUGAGGCUGCCCCUGCAGAAUCAUGUGACUCUGAACCGACCAAUCAGGCAGCUAAUGUGGAGGUACUCGGGGAUAAGGAAGAGAAGGAGGAGGAGAAGGAGAAGAGCAGUGAGAGCAGCGAGCAGACAACGGUGCAAGAUGCAGUGACAUCCCCAGCAGGGGAGGAUGAUAGUCUGAAUGUCUACGUGGGUUCAGACGAUUCUGAGGAGCCGUAUUUCAGUCAUAUGGAAAAGGACAACAAAUACCCAGACAGUGGCUUACAGGCUGAGAUAGCUGAUGGAGAGAGCACAGCCGGCAGCACGGACUUCGCCAAGAUGCAGAAGGACAGGGCAAACAGCACGGUCAAGGUUAUUAGAGAGGCAGGGGUCAUGCCACAAAGUGUGAUGCCACAGAGUGAGGGAACUGAUUUUUCCACUGAUGAUGUAGAUGAUGUGGACAUAUAUGGCAGAGGAGUAGCUCGUUCCCCCUCCACCUUCUCCGACCUCAGUUCCAAGAGUAGUGUGACGACUCCCAUGUCUGAAGGCUCGAGCUGUCAGGAGAAUGACUCAGAACCCCCCACUUUACUCACAGUGCCAUCCGGGCAGCCCAAAGUGGCAGACAGCUGGAUGCAGUACACUGUCCCAACUCAGAUAACCUCGCUAUCUGUCUCCGACAGACACAUCUGGGUGGUGGAUAACAAGGAGAGAAUCUACUACAGUCCCAUCAUGGGGGCCAGCCUGUCCUGGAAGAAGUUGGAACAGCCUGGGAAGCUGAUUUCUGUGUCGUCGACGGGAAACAUCCUAUGGAGAGUGCACGGGAAGAACAAUGUUGCAUACGCCUGUGCAAAAACCACGCACAAGACGCCGUUUGGCUCCCGGUGGUACGAAGCGGCCACGGACGUACUGUUCAUGUGCGUGGACAGUGCUGCUGCCUGGGUCAUCAGGAGUAACGGCCUGUUUGUGCAGAAGAACCUGUCCCAGGACAGGCCCUGCAGUAAGAUGGAGCGGGUGAGUGCCAGGAAGGACCUGGUGCAGGUGGCUGCCUGUAACCACGUGGUGUGGGUGCUGACCAAUGAGGGGAAGGUACUGGUGCGGACAGGCAUCACACAGCAGCAUCCUGAAGGCUCUGCAUGGAUAGAGGACAAACAGAGUGAAACUGAUGCGAUCUCCAUCACCCAGCUAGCCCUGGGAGAUAAGAACCUGGCCUGGGCUGUGGACAGCUUGGGACAGAUGUGGUUCAGGACUGGUGUUACCAUGGAAACACCAAUGGGAGAUGAGGGGAGGUGGUGGCAGGUGUCUAUGAGUGAGUACCUCAUCACUGACCCGUCUAUGUUGGAGUCCGUCCUGACACUGGUGGAGACACACAACCCCGUGGUGGACAAGGUGUCGGCCUGGCUGAAGGGCCACACGGCUCACCUGGUGUCGGCCAACUCCUCGGGGGUGUGGGUUGCCAGCGGCAAGAACAACCUCCACGUCUCCAGGGGCAACCUCACAGGCACCAUGUGGCGGGCGGCCCCACCUGUAGGCCUGCCCCAGUCAACCUGCUGGACUGUGGUGGCUGCUGGGGCCGGGGCUGCACCUAUAGGUCUCCUGUGGGCCCUACAGAGGAACGGGGAGGUGUUCUGCUUCCCGCCGGACAGUCGAAAGCCCACCAUGAUCCGCCCCCCUCCCGACGUCUACCUGCAGUACAUGAGCUCCAGCAAGGAGGCAGUGUGGGCUCUCAGUAACUCAGGGAUCCUGUACAUCAGGGAUGCCAUCAGCAUGCACUGUCCACAGGGGGCUCGCUGGGCUGACCUGGACCUCAGUCAGCUGGGAGAUGUCCAGAUUGGGUAUGUGAGCUGUGGUACAGAGUGUGUCUGGGUCUGUGACACACAGGGAAACAUCUACUUCAGACUGGGCGCCAAGCCUCCCUCCACUACCUGCCUUAACCCGGCAUGGAUCCCUAUUGAAGGCAAGCCACAGUUGGACAGACCUUUCCCCACCUUUACACUUGUGUCAGAGAAGGGUCUGGGGACAUACUUCACCCAGGUGGAGUGUGGUCCUUCUGACUGGCUGGUGUGGGCAGUGGACAACAGGAAGAAUGUGUACGUCAGAAAGGAUGUUACCAGUCAGCUGCCCAUCGGCACCUCCUGGGAGCUUGUACCUGGCACCCCAGCCCAGCAGCUGUGCAUCAGUAACACUGCGGUGUGGGCGCUCUGUCCAAACGGUGACAUCGCCUGCAGGUACGGCAUCAGCCAGAACAAUCCCAUGGGAGACUACUGGAAAAAAGUGCCAGGCAACUUUGACUUCAUUUCUGUCACUCCAGAUGAUGAGCUGUGGGCCAUCAACAAGGACGGCCACAUCUACCAGCGCUUCAUCAAGGCUGUGCUGAGACAGCAGGAGGCACCGCAGGGGGCACAGGCAGGAACUGCUGACGACAUCACUGAUGACUGGGAGAUGUUGUGACCGCAGACUACCGCACAAAAAUAUACAAGCCCAUGGUCCAUAUUAACUAAGGAAACUGUUGUGUCCGUUAAAGCUGCUAUUACCUUAAAAAGUAUUUUAGUGUUAUGAGUUGGAUGGAAAGUUGGAAAUAGUGCAAUCAAGGUAAGCAAGAGACAAGAAAGAACAAAUAGAUUGCGCUACAAUUUUUAAGGUAUUUUAUUUUACUAGACAUAUCUUGUUUACUGAUGCAGAAUCUUGUUGCAGGAAAGGAGGAGGAUAGUUUUGGAAUGAUGAGUUCAUGAAUGAGCUCUUCAUUUACAGUAUUAUAUUCAUUAAUGUCAGUCAACUGUGUAAAUAGUCAAAAAGUGUUGGGUAACUAAAGCAAACUUUCUGCGUACUCUCUAUCCCCAAGAUGUAUUGAAGAAUGAUUAGCACAAUCUGAAAACAUAUGCAAGUAGGGCAUCCAUGCAGCUGUAAUUAUAAAUCAUGAUGUGAGCUCAUGCUUUGUGCAAUAUAUAUGUAUGUUAUGUAGGUGUCUACUAAAUGUGCUGCAGUACAUGUAGGUAGUUAAGCACUACAAUGCUAUGUAUAUAACAGUUUGGCAAGCUUGCAUGUAGUGUGAAAUAUUACUGGGUCUACAAAACUUGUGAUGGUUAGUAGGGAAAAUGUUGCAUUUUGUGCUUUAGGGAUGUAAAUUCUCAAAUUAUUGCUUUGCAGUAUCUUGCCAAUAUUGUCUUGACCAGUUUAAGAGUCCUUGGUGCUCUUAAUUACAGAUGUGUUUGAACUAUUUGAGUAUUGUUUGCCAACUUCUCAUUCAUGAAGCACACUUUUCCUUCAUGCAAGGAAUUUUAAGCAGCUUUGUGCUGAAUAUGUUUUCUAAGAUUUUACCUCAUGUUUAUGGAUUCCAGCCAUUGCAGUUGUGAGUCUACAUGACGAACAAGUAUAUUUUCUUCACAGCAAUGGAAUGGUGUGAUAGUAAGAGUAUCCGCAAAGCAAAGCUGAGAGAUACCUCUUUAAAUGUAUAUGGAAACAUUGAUAAAGAUCAUUUUAGAGGGUUAGAAUUUAACAGUAGAUUCAUUCCAAUCAUUUGUACAUGAUUAUGUUCCUUUAUUAGCAAUCAUGACAGUGAAAUUACAGAUAACAAGUUACAUGUAUGUACACACAUUAGUUAUCUUUUUCAAGCUUACUGAUCUUAGAACUACCAUUAGACUGCUCCAAUAAUGUACAAGUGGAAGUUACAGAGAGCUACAGCGCACCAUUAACGGGGAGGAAAGCAACAUGUGUAAGUAGUGUCUCCAUGUUUCUUGACUGAAAUCUAUGAAUAUAUGCCAUAUAAGUAGGUAUUACCACCCAUCCAGCUGCUACAUGUUGACAUUAUUUCUCCCACGCAAUGGUCUAUGUCCAUAUCAACCCCAUUACUUCAGUGCACACUUGAACACCAUGUGUAAUUGUACACCAUGUUUAAUUGUACAUCAUGUUAUGUGUUGUCAAUAAUUUAUCUGCAAAAGAGUCUAGCAGCAAAAUCAUUUAGCCAUCAGCUGAUCUUUACAGUGCUGAAGAGACACAUAGUCUAUGU